AUGCGUCAGUUACGAAUCUACUGCACACUGCCGUCAGUACGGCUCUCUCUACACACUAGUCAGAACGACUCUCCUGCCCCACAUCUCGAGCAAGUUACGACUCUACUGCACACUGGUUUUGGCCAGAACUUCGCCACGUUGGUAGCGGGAAGGAUGGUGGUAGGUGCUUGUAUAUGCGCUACCUGUGUUGUUGUGCCCACCUACGUAGGUGAAAUCGCCUCCCCUGACAUCAGAGGCAUCUUAGGGACCAGUUAUCAGUUUAUGAUAACUCUGGGGAUGUUGUACGUGUACACGAUGGGCGUGUUUGUUACAAACUGGAGAUGGUUGGCGGCUCUCUCUGCUGUCCCAGCCGUACCUUACUUCCUCUCAGUCAUCUUCAUCCAUGAGUCUCACACUUUUCUUCUGGCUAAAGGAAAGUUAGAGCAAGCGACGGCAUCUCUACAACACUUCAGAGGAAAACAUUAUGACGUCCAAAAGGAGAUUAAUAUGAUCCAACAGUCACUGGAGGACGCCAAGAACAACAAGCCAUCAUUGAAGGAAUUUCUGAGACCUCAUAACCUGAAACCUUUCGUACUGUGUCUCAUCAUCUUCGUCUCCAUACAAAUGUCUGGAUUGGGCCCUGUUUUAUUCAAUAUGUCGUUCAUAUUUAAGGCUUCGGGAGCGGAUCUGGACGACAACGUUAGCACCGCUAUUGUGGGCGUUGUACAGAUCCUGGCAACUGCACUCAGCUGUGUACUUGUGGACAAGGCUGGCAGGAAGCUCCUACUUAUUGUAUCAGCUGCUGCCGUGUCUCUCUCACUGUUGGCUCUAGCGGAGUACUUCUACAUGGAGGAGAGAAACAGUGAGUGGACGGCAAAGACUCUGGGAUGGCUGCCUCUCACCUCACUCGUUAUCUUCAUCGCCGCCUUUUCUAUCGGCCUUGGUCCCGUCCCCUGGGUCCUCAUGGGUGAGAUGUUUUCUCCCAGAGUGAAGAGUAUAACUACAGGUAUUAUCAACAUGGCUGGCUGGUUUGCUAGCUUUGUUAUGACUCUCACCUUCCUGCCUCUACGAGACGUACUCCAUGACGAUGGCGUCUAUCUGUUGUUCGCCUGCGUAGCCUUCUGCAUCCUUCUGGUCCUUUUCCUGGCGCUGCCGGAGACAAAGGGCAUGACCCUACAGGAGAUCACAGCAUAUUUCGGUGGGCCAAAAUUCGACUCCACUCGCAGAGAUCCAUCGAAAAAAAAUGAUACAGAAAAUGCUUGACUGGAGAUCAUGUCCUGUAAAUCGAUUCCGUUUCUCAAUCAUAACAAAUCUGAUCAGAUGUCAGUAUACAGAACUUCUGCACUGAUUGCUACCUUAAUUGUAACAAUACGAUGCUUUAUAAAAAUGUAAUUAAAGUAUAACUAG